CUGUCAGUUGUCACGUCACAAAAUUUGGCCGUUAAUUUUUGAACUUUUUUGCUGAUCUGGAAUUUUACACUAAACACUUGCUCAUCAAGAAAAAGGAAUUUUAUUAUUUUACUUACCUAUUUUAUUAGUUUACAUUAGUUUAAUAUGGCAGAUAAAACUCACAAGUCGCGUCUGGCAUCGUACAAAAAUGUUGGGCACGAGGCUACGGAUCUUCGUCGCAAACGUGCGGAGCUCAGUGUCACUCUCCGCAAGCAGGCACGCGAUGAGCAGUUGCAAAAGCGCAGGGCCAUGUCCCCCGAGACAGGAGAGGAAGUCCAAGUACCUGAGAAACUUAUGACACCAGCUGAGAUCAUGCAAGGUCUGAAGUCAAGUGACCUGGUCCUCAACAUGACAGCUGCGCGGGCUGCGAGGAGAAUGCUCUCCCGAGAGCAGAACCCUCCCAUCAGUAUCAUGGUGGAAGCUGGUGUGCUGAAGCCUCUGGUUGCUGCUUUGGACAGAGAUGACUGCCAAGACCUACAGUUUGAGGCAGCAUGGGCCAUCACCAACAUUGCGUCUGGCACACAUGAACACACAAUGGCAGUGAUUGAUGCUGGCGCAGUGCCCAAGCUGGUGACGCUGCUAGGGCGCGGCGGCACGGUGGGCGAGCAGAGCGCGUGGGCGCUGGGCAACGUGGCGGGCGACGGCGCCAUGCAGCGCGAUGUGGUGCUCGCCCACGGGGCGCUGCCGGCGCUACUGCCCAUGCUGGCGCCCAGCACCCCGCCCUCGCAGCUGCGCACCGCCGCCUGGACCUACAGCAACCUCUGCAGAAACAAGAAUCCGCUAGUGCCGUUAGACUUGGUGGCGCCUGCAUUGCCUUUUGUAACAGAUCUGCUUACUGUCAGUGAUCCUGAUGUGCUGACUGAUAUUUGCUGGGCGAUCUCAUACCUCACUGACGGGCCCAAUGAGCGCAUAGAGGAGGUGCAGCUGACCAAGAAUCUGCUGGCGCGGCUGGUGGCUCUGCUGCAGCACAAGUCGCCCGCCGUGCGCACGCCAGCGCUCCGGGCGACCGGGAACAUGCUCACCGGCUCUGAUGUCCAAACGGACCGUUGCCUCGAGGCGGGAUGCCUGGAGCACCUAUCGAUGCUUCUCCGCUGCAACAAGCCCGCGCUGGUGAAGGAGGCGGCGUGGGCGGUCAGCAACGUGCUGGCCGGCACCACCGACCAGAUCCAGUGCGCCAUCGACAGGGGCCUGCUGGGCCACCUCGUGCACGUGCUCUCCUCCGACGACAUCAGGUGUCAAAGGGAAUCCGCCUGGGGUAUCACCAACCUGACGAUGGGCGGCACCCCGGCCCAGCUGGACGCGCUGGUGGCGUCCGGCUUCCUGGAGCCCUACUGCGCUCUCCUGGAGUCCACCGACCUGAGGACUGUUGUAGUUGUGCUGGACGGCCUCAAUAACUUGUUGCAGACGGCCGCCAAGUUUGGUCAAGUGGACCCUCUGUGUGCCACGCUGGAGGAGAUCAACGCGCUGGACCACAUUGAAAUGCUACAGAACCAUGAAAAUGAAACUAUAUACGAAAAGGCGCACUCCAUUAUACUAACUUACUUCAGUGAGCAAGACGUUGGCGCAGUCCCCGAGGAAAAUGAAGAUCAAUUUCAAUUUGGCACUGGCACUAGUGAAAAUCAGAAUAUUCAUUUUUAGUGUAAAAUUACAUACUUUUAUAGUGUA